AUGGAGAAUGAACAAGAACCCAUAUUAGGGCCAAAUGUGAAACAGCCUACGAAUAGAAGAAGAUCUAGCAUUGUUUACGGGCUGUCCCGUCCACAAUUUGUUGGCUCUGAUGCAACUGGCGCACCCCCUUCCUUGCAAGAUUUUAUUGAAUCACGUCAAAGAGCUUCGAGGCGAGCCCAAGCUUCUACAACGGCACCCAACUAUGGUUCUCUAGAAGAAGCAGGUAGGGAAUCCAGCUCUUCCGCUUCGGCGUCAAGUGAAGAAAUUAAUGAUGUUCACGAUAGUACUUGGCAAAAGGAAUUGAGAUUGCUGGUUAGAUUUGGUAUACCAGUCGUUUUAACUUCGUUACGCCAAUAUGGAGAGGUAAUCAUAACGGUCUUUUCACUAGGACAUUUAGGUAAAACAGAAUUAUCAGCUGCUAGUCUUUCGAAUAUGACUGCCACUAUAACAGCUUUUGCCAUUUAUCAAGGUAUUGUUUCCGCUCUUGAUACUCUUGGUACCCAGUGCUUUGGAUCAGGAAACUAUGAGUUAGUGGGUCUCCAUUUGCAAAGGAUUCUUUCAGUCUUGUGUUUGCUUCAAAUACCAAUAAUUUUUGUUUGGUGGAACAUAGAACCGAUCCUCCUUUUCUUCAAGCAGGAUCCUACGACUUGCUAUUUAGCGGGUAGAUAUAUGAAGGUCUUAUUACUUGCCAGUCCAGCUUAUGCACUAUUUGAGUCUUUAAAACGCUUUUUGCAAGUACAAGGUAUAUUUCAACCAGUUACCAAUAUUUUGGCCUUUAUUGUCCCGCUCAACAUUCUCUUAAAUUAUCUUUUUGUAUGGAGCCCUUGGUUUGGGUUUGGAUUUAUGGGUGCCCCCGUUGCUGUUACUAUUACGCUUUGGAUGGCUUGCGCAAUUCUCCUGUGGUAUAUUGUAUAUGUCAAUGGGCGUCAAGCUUGGGGAGGCUUUAGUAAAGAAGCUUUUAGAAACUGGGGUCCAUUGUGCAGACUUGCUGUUCCUGGAGUUGUUAUGAUAUGUAGUGAAUAUUGGGCUUUUGAAUUACUGACAUUCGUUGCCGGUGUCUUGGGCACUACGGAUCUCGCUUCUAUGUCAGUCUUAUCUACGACUUCUUCUGUUUCAUACACUAUUGCCUUCGGUGUAGCGGCUGCUGCUGCCACAAGAGUAGGGAAUUUAAUUGGUGCUGGUAAUACAAAGCUUGCCAAACUUUCUACAUACGUUGCCGUAUCCGUAGCAGCUUUGAUUGGACUUUGCAUAACUUCUAUGAUGGUAAUAUUUAGGAAUCACUGGGCAUACCUUUUCACUUCCGACAAAGAUGUGGUACAAUUGGUUGCUAAACUAGUUCCACUUUGUGCAUUAAUGAACAUCGCUGAUAACACUCAGUGUGUAGCUGGAGGUGUUCUUCGCGGUCAAGGACGUCAGCGUAUCGGAGGCAUCGUUAACUUCGUGGCCUACUAUAUUCUAGCGUUACCAAUUGCUAUUGUAUUAUGUUUUUACCUUAAUUGGGGUUUGUUUGGUUUAUGGGUCGGAAUAACUGUUGCAGUAUUUGUUAUAGCUGCCGUUGAAACGCACUGUGCUCUUCAUGUCAAUUGGGAACAUUUGGUAGAAGUGGCUGAACAACAUAUUGAUGAAGCGCGUAAUGUCUAG